AUGGACGAGGAGAUCGACUUUCUUCUGCUCGGCCCUUUCGCAGAAAUUGUCGAAAAGGCUCAGGCUGCCCUCGACACUGCCCAGGAUGUCGACAAUCAGGACAUGGCCAAGGCGGCACAAGCGCUGCUCAAAGAAGGCGAGCGGGCCCGCAAGGCCCUCGAGCCUAUUGCGAAGCGGAAUCUGACGCUCUAUGGCGAGAACUUUGUCACGGCCCUGAGAGAUCAUGAUGGCGUUGCCGAGCACAUUGACGCCCUCAACAGCCUCGUGUACGUCUUUGAUGAUUAUACCGAACCGGACAGCUUCGACGCAGACAAGUUCAAGGAGCUCGGCAAGACGGCGCAGCAGACGACGCUACGUAUCACGCCGAUUCUGCGGCGGAUGAAGCUCGAGGCACCGGCAGCGGCAGCAGCAGUCGUGGCACCUGGUAACUCGACACCUUCGACGCCGCUUGUCCCCCAGUCAUCGCCCUUUUUCAACGCCGGCGUCUCGCGUGUCAACAGUCUCGGCGGCUACAGCGCGACCAGUUACUCCGGCGCACGCAGUCCCGGACCGGACGACGCCUUGGACCUGAGCGAGGGGAGUGGUGCACCGGGUGUCGUUGUUCCCAGCAUGCAACGGUAUGACACGGUUGUGCACGUGCCCGCGGAUGCAGUGCCUCUGCCACAACAGCGCGAGGACGCACCACCGGUCAUGGGCACCCAGGGCGGGCCGGACAUGGGGUGGAACAACGGGCAGCCGCAGCAAGCACAAAACCCAAAAGGGGGCGCGUCUCCCGCGCUAUCAAGACACUCAAUCGCCAGCCCGACCAUGUUGCCCACCAUCCCCGAGCCAGCUCCACCGUCUCCCCCACCACCACCGUCCCUUCCCGAGCCUCCACCACCCGUUCCAGGUGUGAACCCCUGGCAGAUUGGCGAGCGGCCCUCGGUGGACACCAUUGCUGAAGGACAAGAGGGCGAGGAGCAGAGCAAUGGUGGCGUGGGUGAGGGUUCUGGCCAUGACCAGACGGAGGACGGAGAGGUGCCGGAACGGCGGCGGCGCAUCUCGACACGGCCCGACUCGCCCACACUACCGUCACCAAAGGCAGCCACAGCCCCACAGUCGUCCAGCUUUGUGGUCCCACCACCACCGCCUCCAACAUCUUCCUUCCCGCUGCCUAGUUCACCGCAGCAAUAUCCUCGGCGUCUCGACGACGGUGUAGACGCUUGGCAGCAGCAGGUGGCGCAGGGCUCCGACCCGUCGCCCCGUACCAUGCCAGUGCGGCCAGAGCAGCUGUCGUCACCGCCCGUAAAUGUGCCGGUCAUGUCUGCGACGUGGUCGCUGCCGUCACAGCAGUCGGCAGCAGGGCAAAACUAUGUCUUUUCCCAGCAACAGCAACAGCAACAGCAAGCGCGGCAGUCUCUAACCGGCCCGACAUCGGCGGCAUCUGGCUAUAUCUCGCCCCGACAGUCCCAGAGCAGCAACACGACGGCUUCGACGGCCAGCUCGACCAACGGGUCCGUGUUCAGCUUCGACUCGUACCUCAACGGACUCAGCAACCAGCUGCGCGACUCGUCUCUAGACCCAAUCAGCCCCGUGGCGGGACCGACCACCGCGGUGGCUGCAAGCCCCAACUCGCCAGCCAGCCCGCAACCGCAGCUCUUGGCAUCCUUCGCGUCUGGAUCCCAACAGCAACAGCCACAACAGCCACAGCAGCCGCUGCAGUCGGAGAUGAGGCCACCGCCAAUACCGUUGAACGUGCCGCAAGCGCAACUCGAUGAGCAGCCGGGCCUGGAGCCAAUUCAUCCGGUUGUCGACAUUGACCAGGGCUUGAUCCCAGUCGACAGCUCGAACAGCGAAGGUCUUGCUGGCGGUGCCAACGAGGAGCGUGUCGUACAACGCCGGACGGCGGACUGCAAAAUUGGCCCUGGCAGCUCGUACCAUCUUCUCAAGGGCUUCUGUGAAGGUGCCAGGGAGGUGCAACGCGGCCACGCCGGUGUGCGGCAGAUUAAGAAGCUGUCAUACAGCGGAGCAGGCGCGUAUGCCGCCAAAUGCACACACUGUCUCUACGAGUUGCAGUGGUCUGAGGUCGACAAGGACCGCCAGAAUUUGCCAAAUGCCAACUACCGUAUGCAUGGCAUCGGCUUCCGUCUGCGGUUUUUGUCGAAAUGCCAUCUCCCGGCCAAGCAGGUGGACGACCCGCUGUAUGCGUGCAUCUUUUGUCUUCAAGAGGGCCGGACGCUCGAAGAGAGCGACGCCACCGUCUUCUUCACGCAGGGCCAGCUGUUUUCGCACCUGGCGCGCCACCCGCGGCCGCUGCCCGAGGUGUCGGGGGUCACGGUCAUUGACGGCCCCGAGCGGCCCGAGCCAUACCGCAAUGACUAUGACCUGCACUUUACCACACCGCCCGUGCCGUCGGAACUCGACGGCAUCCGCCGCGAACUGCUGCAGCUGCCGACCGCCGUGGCCACUGAGACGUUCCGCAAAGCCCACAACGCGCUGCGGCGGCCGUUUGACGGCGCCGUGCCCAUCCAGUUCCCCGUCGGGUCCAAGAUUGUCGGCGUCGAGUUCCCGGCCAAGUACAAGGGCGAGUGGGCCGUGGGGUGGUUCGACAACGUGCGCGGCCCUUUCCCGGUGGAGCACAUCCGGUUGGACCCGCCGCCGCGCAGCGAGAUCCGCACGCAGGGCACGAGCGCGCUGCGGGCGACGGCGCGGUGGAAGUGGGCGUCGUCGAGCGCGUACCGGAACUCGGAGUGGCUCAAGCUGGACCGCAACGAGACGGUGACCAACAUCAUCUGGUCGCACCCAGAGCACUGGUGCUGGGCGGGCACGAACGCGCGCGGCAAAUGGGGCUACUUCCCGCAGUCGCACAUUGAGCCCAACUCGCUCAACGAAGGCCCACCGCAGGGCAGUGAUGCGGCGAGCAUCCUCAGCCAAGAGCGGGGCGGCGGCUUCUUGUCGCGGCUGCGCAGCCACAAUGCCCACAACAACAGCAGCAGCAGUGCCACUUCGGCCAAGCGGCCGGUCAGCAUUGCGAGCCAGUCGACAUCGUCAACCCGGUGA